AUGACAAAUGUUAAAGGUGUUUCCACUCCUCUUCAAGGUGGUCUCGAACUUUCUAACUACGACUUUGACUACAUAGAUGAUCUUGCUCUUUACAUUUCCAUUAUGGGUGCCUUGCAAAAGAUCAUAGUAACCAGACCUGAGAUUGGUAUAGUUUGCCAAUUCAUGUAUCAACCUUUAUUCGAUCACUGGAAAGUUGUCAAGUGCAUCUUACACCAUCUAAAGGGUACUCUUUCUCAUGGGUUACAUCUUCAACUUGCUCCUAGUCCUACCAGUAUACUGUUACUGCCUUUUGUGAUGCUGACUAGGCCUCAAAUAUUGAUGACGGAAGAUCAACUUCAGAUGUUUGUAUAUAUUUUGGUAAAAGUCUCGUUUCUUGGUGGUCUAAGAAACAAGAAACAAACAUUGGUUGCUCAGUCAAGUGCAAAGGUUGAAUGUCGCAGUCUUGUUAUCACUCUUUCCGAGAUCUUAUGGUUACAAUAUCUUCUUAAAGAGUUAAAAAUUGUUUAUGCCACACUAGUCAUCUAUUGUGAUAAUUAG